AUGGCGCCGGAUGACGUGAGGCAGGAAGACCCGUUGCAGGCGGUCGUCCUGUGCGACGUGUUUACGCAGCGCUUUGCGCCGCUGACAUUGGAUCAGCCACGGUGCUUGAUGCCCGUGUGCAAUGUGCCGCUGAUUGAGUGGACUCUCGAGUCGCUGGCCACGGCCGGCGUCCAUGAAGUAUUUCUGCUCGCGACAUGGCACAUUGGCCAGAUCCGUGCGUACAUGGAAAAACAUCACCCGCUCCUUUUUCGGCCUCAGGGAUCUCGAUCGCAGGGAAUGACGAGCACCGCGCUCACGCGCAUCACUCUGAUCCCUGUGCCCGAGGCACGGUCAGUCGGCGAUACGAUGCGUGAGUUGGAUGCCCACCAGGUGAUCAAAUCCGACUUUGUGCUCGUGCAAAGCGAUGCACUCGGUAACAUGGACAUUGCCUCGGUCGUUCGUGCGCACAAACAGCGCCGCACGGUCGACCGUGAUGCCAUUAUGACCAUCUGUGCCAUGCCCGUCCCACCGCAGAGCCGCGCUCGUCGGCCUGGGGACUUGUCCGUCUUCACCAUCGUGCCGACGACAUCCCAGCUCGUGCACUACAUGUCUGUUCCCGCCAUCCCUCGCGUGCCCCUGCUCAAGUUGCCCUUCGAAGUGUUCGAAGACACUCGGCACUUGGACGUGCGCAAUGAUCUAGUCGACUGUGGUGUAGACGUGUGCUCCAUCGAUGUCCCGCCCCUUUUCACUGAAAACUUUGACUACCAGCAGCUGCGCCGCGAGUUUGUGCAGGGCAUCUUGUCGUCCGACCUACUCGAAUCCAAGAUCUUUGUCCACAUCACGCCCCCCGCUGGCUCGUCGUCGACCUCGUCCGGCGAGCCAUUUUCCGCUGUAUCGGGUGGCGUGCUGGGUACUCCGCCUUACGGCGCUGGUUACAUGCUUCGUAUAUCAGAUCCUUCGCGCUACGAUGCUGUGAGUCGCGAUGUGCUCGCCGGCUGGACGUACCCCUACACGCCGCGCCUCGGCAUGCCUGACGGCACCAAGUAUGCCUCGCUGCCAGGCUCUCGAUUUUAUGGCGAUCGCGUUGCCACGGCCAGCACCGCUGCGAUAGGGCAUCGCACGCUGCUGGGCGCACAUACGCGUGUCGAUGAGCACACGAUUGUGUCCGAGUCGGUGCUGGGCCACCGCGUCUCGGUCGGUCCGUCGAGUGCCGUUCGGAACUCGUACCUGUGGGACGAUGUGGCCAUUGGACGCAAUUGCGUGAUCGACGGCUGCAUCCUGGGCCGCGGCGUCCUCAUCUUGGAUCAUGUGCACUUGACGCACGGCACGAUGGUGGGGGAUGGCUGUGUGAUUGGGCCCGACGCGUCGCUGCCUGCCUUUUCACGCGUCUCCAUGCACGGGUACCGUGCGUGUGAGGAUGACUCUGAUACCGAAGCUGCCGAUGCGGACGCUGAUACCACGCUUGGGAAGGCGUCACGGGGGUGCCUGUGGCCUCCGAUCACGACUCGCAGCGCAUCGGCUGACGAGGACGAGGACGAAGACGAACGCGAUGAGCUGGAGCGGCCAUGCAAUGCCAAGCUGUUUAUGAUCCGGCCUGACACGUCGGAUGUCGUGCUGAGCGAUGCCAUGUCGGACCUGUCGUCGAUUGAUGCCGACACGGAGCCUGAUCUCAACAGCGAGUCAGAGGACGAGGACGACUCAGAUACGUCGUCGCCCAACUCCUGGAGCGCCUAUGGCAGCAUGUCACUUACCCUGCCCGACGGCACAAAUUCACUGACAUACGGCGAAAAGAGGGAAACCCAGGAACGUCUGAACGAGUUCCGUCAAGAGGCUCGUGCGUCUUUGGAACGUGCGUUUGAGGAAAAGCAUGCACCGGACAACGCUGCCAUUGAGCUCAAGACGCUGCGUAUGGCGAGCAAUGUUCCACCUGGCGAGGUACGGCGCAUGGUGGUCUCCUUCCUUCUAGGCCGCUGCGCCGUCGAUAAGGCCAAGGAAACGGCCGACUUGCUCGAUCACUGGGGCCCACUUUUGCAGGAAGUGGCGCAAGAUGACCAGGUUGAGGCGCUCGCGCUCAUCCAGUCCUACUGUGCUGUGCACGUUACGCACACCCGCCUGUUCUUGCCGCUGCUGAAAAAGGUGUACAAUGACGAGCUCGUCAGCGACGAAUCCAUUUUGGCGUGGUGGAAGCAUCCAUCCAGUCGGCGCGUCGUGUAUGAGGACCACGACACCGAGGACGCGCAUCAGAUUGUGCUGGAGCUGAGGAAACGUGCCGAGCCCGUCGUUCGCCACAUUCUCGAAGACGAUGAUGAUGACGACGAGUAG